CAUUUUUUAGUUAUAGUGUAAACAAUUUACGGAAGAGCGUUCCCGAAUUGAAUCUGUAAUCUUAUCAUCAUGAGUUCAAAAAAAAAAAGAGUAAACUAUGAUAAUGAGCAAUUGAAGCAAGCGUUGGCAGAAGUGAAAGCUGGUAAGCCUAUAAAAACAACCGCCUUAAAGUUUAAUAUCCCAAGAACAACUUUGAUGUACAAAAGCCGUGGACAAUUAUCGUCACAAAUAGAUAAACCUGGACCGGAAUGUGUAUUAGGGCAAGACAACGAAAAACACCUUGUCGAUUGGAUCUUUUAUAUGAAAAACCAUGGGUUUCCUAUUACUAAAGUACAGCUAUUAAAUAGUGUACGGAUGUUGUUGAAUACGAUGAAGAAAAAAACGAUUUUUCCAAAUAAUAUGCCUGGUCGUCACUGGUACAAUGCCUUUCGUCGUCGUCAUCCAGAAAUAGAGGACAAAAUAGCUAAAAAUUUCACAAACAGUCGAGCUGCGGUGUCAGAAGAAAAAAUCAGAACCUGGUUUAAAGAAGUCCAGGAUCAUCUUGAGCCAUUGGAUCUUUUGAACAUUGAUGCUACACGAAAGUUCAACCUUAAUGAGUCAGCCUUCAAGCUCAAUCCAAAGAGCAAUUCAGUUCUCGCGUCAAAAGACGAUAAAACUGUUGAUGAUGAGAAAGAGUGCGUAAAAACUCUUAUUUGUGGUAAUGCAGCUGGACAAAUGCCUCCACCAAUGAUAUUAUUUCCUUACAAACGAGUUCCACGAAAUAUUGCGUCGAGUAUGCCAAAGGAUUGGGCAAUCGGAUGCUCUGACAGUGGGUCGAUGACUGCAGAAACAUUCUAUGAAUACAUAGUCAACGUUUUUCAUCCUUGGAUAUUAAAGAAUAAAGUGGAGCUUCCAGUGAUUUUGUAUUUAGAUGGACAUACUUCUUAUCUGUCGUAUCCGUUGACGAAAUUCUGCAGAGAGAAGAACAUUGAAUUAAUUGCCUUGUAUCCCAAUGCUACUCACAUCCUUCAACCAAUGGACGUCGCGAUCUUUCGUCCUCUGAAAGCUGCUUGGAGCACAGAAGUUCGAGAUUGGAGGAUGGAGCAUAAUGGUGAAGCUCUCAAACGUCAAAACUUUGCACCACUUCUAGAAAAGUCUUUGGCGACGUUGGAUAUCAACGAAAUUUUACAAAACGAAUUCAAGUCGACGGGUCUACAUCCUUUCUCAGCUGACGCUAUAACCUAUACAAAAUUUUUUGAAUCUGAGCCUGAAAGUACUGCUGAAAUUGUACCUGCGAUAAUUUAUGAUGAAACAACUGAACAUUUAAGAUUUAUUGAAAGUCACAUUGAGGAUGAGCUUCUAGAACAGUUCAAAGCUCAAGAAAAAUCAGCUCAAUGGAAUGGGAAAUUAGAAGACACUAGUUUGUUUUUAUUUUGGCAAAAGAUCAAACAAAUGACAUCUCGUGAUAUUCUUACGGAAAACACGGCCCCGUUGACCAGUAGCGACGUAUCUAACAAUAUUACACAAGAAAUGGAAACAGAUUGUUGAUAUUUUUGGAAAAAUUCAGUAUUAUAUUCAAAUUUUUCAACUAAAUUUUUUGUUACAAAUUCUACUAUACAUAUUAUUUAUAAUUUAUAAUACUACAUUUUUGCCAAGGACUUUACUAAACAAUUUCACUGGAAUAUAAUUUUUUAUAUAUAGAUUAUAGACACCGGCUUAGUGAGUUAAGAGAGAGGAGAAGAAAAAAAAGUUGACAAUCAUAAUUUUCAAUAUUUGUGAUAACUCGUUUGUUUACAUGAAUAUUUAUAUUAAAUAACAUAAUUAAUUGUUUGGGGUUCAAAAAAUUGUGUUUGUUCAUAUAAGGUAAAUGUCCCUAUACUGGAACAAGACCCAAUACCGAAACGAUUUGAUAAUCAUUAUAUUAUAUUUCAACUCGUACGCGAUGGAACUAAAUAAAACUUUCUUUAUUUAAAACCUUAAUCUUUCAGUUAAAAAAUAAGAUAUAAAAUAGAUUUUAGAAAAUAAUUAAAAUAUAAAAAAAAAAAAUGUUAAUUAGAGCAAUAGUCUCGGAUUCAUGACUUUUUCAUGUCUCUUAAUGG